AUGACAGCGGUCACGAUAAGCCCUUCGUCUUCACCCUCGAUUCAGCCCCGUCUUGAGCUUGGUGGCGGCAGCUCCUCAAUUACUCCGUUGGCUACGGCAGGACGGAUUCCACAACGCGAUGUCUCUCUGGCCCAGAACGCCUCAUCAUCCCACUGGCGUCCAGAUGCGUCCAUCUUGCUUGUUGGUAUACGUGGCACCGGGAAGACCAGUCUUGCCAUCCUGGCUGCCACGGCACUUGAUUUCCGCUUGGUAGACGCAGACCAGAACUUCCAUAAAGUCGCUGGUAUGUCCAGAUCAGCAUAUGCUUCAAGAUAUGGCUUCGACAGUUAUCGGAAGCAAGAGCUCGCCCUGAUGCAGUCCCUACUCCAGGACAACCCUUCCCGUAGCAUCAUUGUCUGCGGGCCGGGAUCGGCAGAAGGCACGCAGCAGGAAUUGCUACACGAGCUAAAGAAUGCCCACCCGAUCAUCUAUGUCAUGCGCGACCCUGAAGAGAUUGAUCGGUAUCUUCAAACGAACGAGCCGCAGAAGAUUAGUCGGAUCUCUCAGCUCAUCACACCAAGCUACCGCGCACUAUCCAAUUUUGAAUUCUACAACUUAUCCGAGCCACUGGCACAUCAGACUCGUGACCCCAACUCUGGUCUGACGCCGCCAUCACGGCCGGCCCUGGUGCUGAAGGAUGUCGAGCACGACUUUCUUCAUCUCAUUCACACUAUCAGAGGAGAGCAGUCAUUGCCCUCUGUUCUGCAAGCUCGGCACUCAUUGACCUUUCUAUCUCCCGAGGCCAAGCCAUUCUCUUACGCACUGGUCGUUCCAUUUGGGUGCGUUCCGAACAUCGCGAGUCGACUUGGCCUGACGGAUUUGGUCGUGGAUGCAAUUGAACUCGUUGUCGACCUUGGUCAACUGUCGCCUAUCAACCAAUCGUUCGAUCAUGCUGCUGCCACGCUAUUAACGCAACACUACUACAUUCUUCGGCGUAACGUCAGACUGCCAAUAAUCAUUCACUUGCAUGCAAGCAUAGUGCAGCAGGCAGCAACCAGGCCAGACUCGGACUGGUUGAAAUACCGUGACAUCAUGCUCCAUGCUCUUCGGCUGGGCCCUGAAUACAUGUCACUAGACCUAAACUGCCCUCCGAGUAUUGCUCAAGUAAUACUGUCUCAAAAUGUCGGAACAAAGGUCAUCGGCCAUUACUACGAUCAAAACCCCGAAGCAGCGGCCUGGGAUUCACUUCAUCGCCGGCAGCUGCUCGAGACCGCAGAAAGCUGGGGCUGUGAUAUCACUCGCAUCUGCCAGCCCGCAACUUCACGAGCGGAUAAUUUUGACGUUCGACGCUUUGCAUACGAAGCCAGUCAAUCUAAGAACACCACGCGGCCGUUGAUUUGUUACAAUGUCGGUCGCAUGGGUAGAGCUUCGUGCUAUAUAAACUCGGUCCUGACGCCUGUGACCCAUGAGCUGAUUACAGAGGUAACGUCUCCAUUUGGCGACGCCCUGCUCACAGUCCAGGCAGCGCAGAGUACUUUGUACGCGUCCUUCACCCUUGAUCCGCUCUUUUUUGGCAUCUAUGGCAGCGCAGUUGCUUCGGCUUUAUCACCACCGAUGCAUAACGCCGCCUUUAAGUUCUGCCGCAUGCCCCAUUGUUACGAAAUAUUCGAAUCAUCCACCUUGCGCGAGCUUGAGUCCAUUGCCCAGAACGAGAACUUCGGCGGGGCCAGCAUUAGUGCGCCUUUCAAGCAGGAGAUCAUUUCCGUCCUCGACUAUGUCAGCCUAGAGGCUCAAGCUAUCGGUGCUGUGAACACACUCAUCCCUUUACGGUCACGCCGACUGGAGUCACUAGUCGAGCGCAACCGCGCCGGGCCAGUCGUCGCCCUUUACGGAGACAAUACAGACUGGAUUGGGAUCCAUACAUGCAUACGCCAAAAUCUUUCACCCAUCAAUGCCGUCAAAAGCCGGACGGUCGCCUUGGUUAUUGGGGCCGGCGGCAUGGCACACGCGGCAGUGUAUGCCGCUAUCCGCCUCGGUGUCCACACCAUCUUUGUACACAACCGCACGCUUGAGAACGGCGAGAAGCUUGUACAUCGCUUCAACGGCAAAUCCUUCUCAAUCCAGAACAUCGAUUUGUCGCACCCUAGCCCCAGUGCUUCCCCCCAAUUGUGGCCCGUAUCUCAAUCACAAGCAUGCAAGACCAAGCCAGCGAUUGUUCGAAUAAUCCCGUCUCGAGACAGCCCUUGGCCUGCAGGUUUUGAUCCUCCUACCAUCAUUGUUUCUUGCAUCGCCAGGACUGGGCAAGGAGGCCAGUCUCCGGCGGACAACAGCCUACCAAGAGCAUGGCUCGCGAGCGAAACUGGAGGUGUAGUCAUCGAGCUUGCGUACAACCCCAUUGAAACACCGCUCGUCCAGCAAAUACGAUCACUCUCUAGAGGAGACUGGAUCUCGGUCCACGGUUUGCAAGUUCUACCGGAACAAGGGAUUGCCCAGUUCGAGCUCUUCACAGGUCGGAAAGCGCCGGAAAAUCUGAUGAGAGCACAGGUUGCAGACUAUGUCAAGAAUUUGGGCAAAGCAUAG